AAACAAAAGAUGACAUUGAUUUGAGAGGGCAUCCACCUCUUUAAAGGGCUCCAAGCAGCCUUGAGCACUUGCAGAGAGUGAUAUAUAGAGACAGAGAGAAAGGCAAAAACUUAAGAGAAAGAAAUCAAUUAUAGAGAAAAGCUGAAAGCUGUAAGGUGUGAAGGAGUGGACGACGUACUAAUUAAUCAGCAGCAGGUACUAGGUAGGUAGCAAUGGUUUCCAGGGAGCACAAGAGAGAAGCACUUCUUCAUGAUAAGCUGCAACUUCUUCGCUCAAUCACCCACUCUCAUGCAAUGAAUGAACCGUCGAUCGUAUUAGACGCGUCGAACUACAUAAAAGAGUUGAAGCAGAAAGUAGAGAGGCUGAGUGAAGAAAUAGCAACUGCUGAAAGUUCAAUCCAUCAGAAUAAUCUGCGGCCUCGUGUGACAGUAGAAACCCUAGAAAAGGGUUUCUUAGUAAAUGUACAUUCAGGCAAAAGUUGCCCUGGAUUGCUGGUUUCCAUAUUGGCAACGUUUGAGGAGCUGGGACUGAAUGUGCUGGAAGCUAGGGUUUCUUGUGCUGACACCUUCGAUUUACAAGCACUUGGAGGAGAAAACGAAGAAGAUGAAGAAACGAUCAACGCCCACACGGUGAAACGAGCGAUUUGGAAUACUAUCAAGAAUUGGAGUGAGAGCAUUGAGUAAGAAUCAUGCAAGCCAACGCCGAGUUUCCUACUAUAUAUAUCUAUUUUCUUUUAGUUUUCUGGUGCGCAUUAGAGUGAAAUUUGCACCGGAUUUUCGUUCAAUUACGGCUACAUUGGGAAGUUGGUCAGUCUUGGGAAUUAAUCGGAGGGCUGGAGCCGGGGUCUUUAAAAUCUUUAUAAAUAGGGUGAUCAAAGAUCACUUAUAAUUUUGAUGGAAAUUAAUUCCAAUUUCCAGCAGAGAAUUAAUUGAGAAGAUGAGUGUGAUUAAAGUUGUUGUCAUGUAACAUGGGGAAAAUCCUAAGAAUUUGGUCUGUAGUAAUUAAGGUAUUAUUAUUGUAUUAAUUCCACUACUUGUUUAUAGUAUAAUACUGUAAUAACACUUUUUUUUAACAUCA